AGUUACUUUGAUAAGAGAAUGGACGGGAGGGUUGGGAAUGUGAGGAUUUAGGAUUUGCCAUGUAAAUAUGGCAAAUUCUUGCUAAUGUGGAGAAACCAAAUAUUAAAGCGGCUCUCAACGUUUGUCUGGUGUUGAUGAUGAUGAGAGCUGGUCAAAGUAAAAAACAGAAUCACAAAUACUUCAUUAAUCACCAAAAGUCAAAACUGGGUUACAACACAGUUCUCCUUCAUUGCAUGGAGAAAUUCUAAGAACAUAGAUAACAUAUAAAGAAAAAAAAAUGGUGAAAAUAAAAAUAUAGAUAAACAUGUGCAUUAAACUAUGAUAGAUAACCCUGAUAUAUAGAGAUAGAUAUAUGUAAAGUUGAUCUACACUGUAACUAUAGUGUAGAUUGUAGUGAGUAAAAUUUAAAUAAGCAAAAAUUCACACUAAACAGUGCGUGGUAAAAAAAGAUGUCUGACUUUUGACAUCUGUCCACUGCAGUACUAAUGUGUGUGGCUCAAUCCAGCAACAUGCGCUUUUACAGGUAUUAAUAUUCAUAUGAGGCAUCCAGCUGAAAAAAACAUCUGCAGAAGACCUCUAUGAGCUUCCAGAAUGAGCCAAACUGUUUCCUGGUUGUUGAGGGUGCCUUCGAUACCCACAGAGCAGUGUCACCACCAUGUGGGUUUUUACUUUGGACAUAAAGUUACCCAUAGGAUAUGACAGGGGGCAACCACGUGAGACAUUUUGUACAAUUGUCCUUGAAAAUGGAUGCAUCAGUAGCUGAACACUCACUGCUCGUUUUUCCCCACUGGAGGGCGAGCUGACACAGGCUUAGUGAGAAGACCUGUGCAAAACCAACAGCCUGCAGUUAUGUAUGCACACUAAAAUGAUACAACAGUACUGACUACUAAUUACUACAGCAACAGUUUAAGGUCUGUAUGUGAUCAGUUUAUGGCUUAACAAUUUGUUGUUGUUUUUUUUAUCCAUCACGUCUCUAUUUAGGCACUAAAACAGUCACUGAUGGGUUCUACAGGUAUGUGAAUGCCAUAGGUUACUGAUAUGUGGAUUUAUUGCUAUUGUUAUUUGCCAAUUUGCCAAUCAGCAAAGUAACUAUAUUAAGUAAGGUGCUCAUCACAAUGUCUCAGAGCCCAGACUGACAUCUUCAAAUGGCUUCUUUUGUCCAGCCAGCAGUCCCAAACCGAAACACUCUUCAUUUACCAUCAUAAAAGACCAGUCCAGUCAAAGACCAGCAGCUAAUCAUUACAUUUAAGAAGCUGGGAACAGAAAUCGUGUCACAAUUUUGCUUGAAAAAUGACAACUUAAUCCAUUAUUAAAAAGUAGUUGUAGCUGAUUUUCUUUUCAUUGAAUCUCCAUUUGAAAAGUGGAAAAUUAAAAUAACGUUCACUUUAUAUUAUUAAAAGAUUUAAGUUAGGUAUGAGAACAAUCUCCAGUCAGUAAUAAAAUGGCCCUAAUGAUAAUUCGGCAUGAUUAAUUAUAACUAAAUGUGUUGUUUCCUCAGUAGGCAGAAUCUUGGGUGUGACUCAUCAUAAUAAAACGCACAGUCAUGAUUCCAGUCCUCACACGGUGUAACUGGGACAUAAGUUACAAGCCUACUCAUGAUGUUUAUUUUUACCAUUUGACAGACUUUAUUAAUAAACCAUUUCCUACCAGGUGUCUCGGCCGCGCUGAGUGGCAGGCGCUUCUCCCUCCUCAUUGGCCGAAGCCGGCGUGACGUCAGCUCUCCGCCAGGGUGCCGAGCGGUGCUGGAGCGGCGGCGUGUGGACCGUUGAGUGUGUCCGGGCCGUCAGAGCCGGACCCGCAUCAUCCGACCUGAUAACAGAGUUAUGAAGCUGAUUGAUCUGAGUCGUAGAUGUCGCAUAACAGCGCGGGAAAAUAAGAGCUUCCUGAUGCAGCUUUGACGUCAAAGGUUGCAGGAUAUUUGGUCCAAAUCAGGCCAUUUGGAAGAAGAGGAUGGACAUCACCUCCGGCUGAGGACUGAUUUCAGAUGCCUUCAUACAGUACACUCCCCAUAGAGCCUGCCUCCUCUCUUCAUCCGUGCACAAAUCGGCGCCAGCGGUGCGUCUCUGCAGUGCAGCUGCCCUAGUUACAGAGCCGCUGAGUAUCUGUGAGCGACGGCGGUUGGCCCAGGCGGAGAGAGGAGGAGUUUGUUAACGGUUGACUGAAUUAUGGAGGCGAGGCUGUGCUGAGGGCCACAAGCAGACAGCAGAGCGGGACUGUGACUGGAGGACCAGCGAUGCGAUGAUUACAUUUUAGGAGCAUGGAGACACUUUCCAUGGCCCAGCCUCAUCCAGCAUCAUGAUUGGGACGUCCAGUCUCUCAGGGGACACCCUGAUAGCAUGCCACUUCCCCGUGGUUCAGCUUCCCACCUGGCAACUUCCUGUCCAGGCCCUGUGCAGCACGGCCAAGAGGCCCGGCCGGUUGUGCUCGGUGGGCCUGACCCGAGCCGUGUCCCUCCCAGAGCAAGACUCGCUGAACCGAGAGCAUGCCUUCACCGGCGGCAGAAAACAUUUCUCCAGCAGCUACAGCAUUCUCAACGAGGACCGGGCGGAGGAGGAAGGGGGCAGUGACAGCAGCGGGAGGUAUGACUCCAACUCGUCACCUGAGGAGACGAGUUCCCAUCUAAAGAAGGAAAGCUCUGGAGCCCGAGGCAGCCUGCGAUCACACAACUCAUUUCUUCCCAACGCAGACCUCGACGAGGAUGAGGAAGAUGAAGAUAGCGAUGGAGGUAAUCUACACAGAUAUCACGAGGACUCAUCCUUUGUGUUGCAUGGAAAUUCCAACUGGCCUGUGAGUAAUGGUGCAAGAAACUAUACAUUGUCCCACAGGGAUGUGGACAGUGAAUGGAGCAACGAAGGGACCAUGUUGGGUUCUCAGAGUGACCGAGAGUGGCUCUCUAACCAGCCCAACCAGCUGGACUCACUGCAGGCCGAGUGCCAGUGCUUUCAUGGCAGCAGAUCUGGCACCGUAGCUUACGGAGAGCAUGACUCAGACAGACUGAAGGAUAACUUGUCCUGCUGCAUCCACAGCCAACACAAAUGUUCCCCAGAGCUGUUCUCCAACGGCCACACAGAGUACGUCAGCGACUCCUCUUGCAACAGCUCCGAUGGCGUCUUGGUUAACUUCUGCACCAUCUACAACCGGAGCAACAACCCUGCCACGCCUCAUGACCUCAGCAGUCCUGCAGUUCACCCCUGUCAUUCGUCUGAAGGAUCCGUGUUCCUCAACCUCCAGCCUGUUCCCAAAACUCCAGCCGAGGACGUCCGACACUCUCCCGCAAAAGAGGAGGUUGAUACUACGCCCUCUGCUUCCUGCUGGUCUCCUCAGGGCCUCGACUCGAACUGCAACCUUUACUCCCUGGAGCCGCUACCCCCUGGUCUCUCCUCUCUGGAGGUCUCCGACCUGACUGCGUGUCUACAAAGCCAGGCCACGCUGUCCAUAGGGACCAACCAGAAGUACUACAAGCUUGUGACUUGUGACCUCUCCUCACAGUCGCCCAGCCCGGCCUGGUCCAGCCACACCAGCUGCCCCGAGGGUCAGAGCAGAAGCAGCCCCUUCCCUCCCUCCGAGCAACUCUUCGUUGACCAUAAGAAGGAGGCACAACAUAAAGAAGUCAAGAAGCAUCAGGAGAAAGAAGAUCAACAAAAGAGGUUCUCCUCUGCACAGUGCAGCACCGGGUCUGACUGCCCUCAGCCGCAGACCUAUGAUUACCAAGUCGCCACCACCUCCACUGACAAAGCCCUCUGCAGGAAGAAACACACAGACAGCAUCCAAAGCUUCUCCCACUCGCCCUGUUCGCUGUGCCCCAGCCAGUGUAGCCCACAUAGCAGUGAGCGCCAAGGCACAAGCAUGGCAUCCACACAGCCAUCUGUGAUCCUGGACCGGGAGCACUGUGAUACUGACGCUGCUGAGAGGGGAGCAUGUUCUUCGGAAAAUGAAGUGGUGCGCUUCAGUAAGGCCCAGAGACCGACCUCGCUGCCCAUCCAGCCGUUUGUCCUCGUCCCUGCAGACAAACCCCAGGCCCAACACUUGGGCUGCCUUCUGGAGCAGUACAUGAACCAGAAGAGCGGCAAGUCUGGCAGCUCCCAGUCAGGCUUCAAAUUCAAGGGCAAAAGGAGUCAAUGCUUCUCUAAUCUCCAGCUAUCACCUAUGGGGGGCCACUACCCCGUCUUCCUGGAGGCUCCCUCCAGCUCUGACACCUGCUCCACCUGCACGCCGAGUCCAGAGUGCUUCAGCCGCAGACACACGUGGAGCCAGUCCAGCAGAGGCCAAGGACACCCGAGUCCACUUACAUCAAAAAGCAGCCUGGAUCCAGGUCACACUAGCCCAAAGCCACCACAGGUUCAGGUGCAGAAUAGACUGAGCCCGCACUCAGGCAAAACUCAGACUUUUAUAAAUCUGACCCAAGCCCCAAAUCAGCCCAGUCUCGUUAAAAUCCCCACCUACCAGGACCUUAUUAACCUCACACCUGAGCAGAGCCGUGCGAUCCGUCAGCCCCAGCCACACACCUCCUACCAUUCAAUAUUCUCCCAUACACCACCCACUUUAACCCUGACCACUGACACCCAUCACCCAAACCUGCAGGCGUCCCUGUCUCCCCCAGAGAAGAAGCUCCCUCAGUACCAGGCAGCACCUGCAGCUGACUCCAGCAUUUUUCCCAGUAGCUUUACAGCUGCCCUCUCCUCAGUAGCUCCUCUCUCCUCUUUAAGUUCUCUGCUAUCGUUUGCUGCUUCCGGGCUGCACUCGCAGCAAAUCCCAGAGACUGCUGGGAAGAGUCAGAGUCAACACAGUGAAUCUCUGAUCCUGAGCGACAAGCCGCCCACGGAGUUCUGCCUCUCACCCGAAACAUCUUAUGAGUCCAUGUCUAUCAGCCAUCUUCAGAGGAGAGGUUUACUGAGGUCUGUGAGCCGGGCGGUGGAUCUGAUCAUGGCUCAUUUUGGCAGCAGCAGAGACCCUGAAGAAAAGAUGCGUCUGGGUAACAGCUCUCGCAGUCCCACAAUCGCCGGUCUGGUCCUGGAACAUUUGUGUCCGGCGAUCCAGAAUAUUCUAGAGGACGGUCUAAGGGAUCACAAACUGGAUAUAAUCAUCGGGCAGCGGCGCAACCACUCCUGGAGUGUAGUUGAAAUCUCUACUAGGAUUGGUCCGUCCACCAGGGUCCUUCACAGCCUGGUCACCAAAAUCAGACUAUGUCCUCAGCUCACCAGCCACUGUAUGAGACUGAGAGCCUUCCUCAUGGGCCUGCUUAACUUGAGAGCUUUGGAGUUCUGGCUCAGUCACCUCCAGAGUCAAAAAGAUGUGGUGACUACAUACUACCAUUCUUGGGGCUUCCUGUCCACGUCACUGGGUCAGUGUCAGCCCUUGUUUCAGGAGCUGCUUCUUCUGCUGCAGCCGCUCUCUGUGAUGCCCUUUGACCUCAACCUGCUCCUGGAGCCCCGACUGUUACGUAACAGACAGCUGUGUUCAGAGGAGGAGGGUGUUUCUCCACCUCCGCCGUGCUCAGCCCUCCUCGUGACCAGCUGGCCAUUACUGCAAGCUGACAAAAAGGUAGACCGCACCGGCAGUGGUCAACAAACUGAGGCGUCACAGCCGACAGUUCUGCAUCACCAAGAUGAGACACUCAGUUCCGAACGGCUGCAGGCCAACAGGAGUCCGUCGUUAGCUCCUAUUCCAGAGUGGUGGCCGAAAGAGUCUGACCUGAUGGACGGUGUGGAUGAGGCAGAGGACUGUAGCCAGAAUAAUGCGGACGCGUGGUCGCAAAUAAGUAUGGACAGCAGGCAAGAAGAGAGGAAGGGAGAGAAAGACAAUGACACACCAAAUUCAUCAACUUGUGCCCGGGACGAGAGCCCGUGUCAGGGCUGGCCUCGCUGGGCCAAACUGUUCGGAGCAGCUGAUACUCCCACCAGGACAGACACCCUUUCUCACAGUCAGAUUGGAGCACAAACAAGGAGGUGCAAGCGACCAUCACAGUGGCUGCAUUUGGACAGAUCGCAGCUCGGACUGUUGGCUCAGUCCAUCAGGUCAAUGAAGCUUGGAGGAGCUCAGACCGAGAAGGAGUCUUGAAAACUAAAGCCUCUGUGGGUGGAGGACAGAGCAGAGGCUAUUUAGUGUAAUAACAAAAAGUUGUAACUGCAUGAUAAUACAUACACAGUGCUCGGUCACACUGCCAAACUGAAACAGAAAGCACACAACAUAGAGGAUUAACAGCUUCGGCAACGGCCCACCUUCAUCAAGCUCUGCCUUGCACCAGCUAUUCGUAAACCCGUCGCCGAGUUUGUGCGUCCUUUUAUGUUCUUAUCAUCCAAAUGUAAUGAUCAGGUUGCACCAUUACAACUCCGGGAAAAACUUUCAAGGACACAUCUGUAUCACUGUCAGGAAGGAAGCAGGAAGUCGCUGUAGCAUCGCAAGGGACUCCUUAAAAUGUUGGCAUUGUGCCUGGGGGCGGUGCCUCACGUCCUGCGUCAGCUCUCAUUGGGUGUCUUCUCACUCACACCUUCAAACAGAGCUGAUUUUUGCGAUCAGCAUCAUCUGUUCAUGUACCAUGUGUAAUCAAAAGUGAACACUGACUUAUCAUUUUAAUCCAAGACAUUAUUUUUUCCCGUCUUGGCUGAACUGUGACUGAAAACUGAAAAUAUUCUUUGAGACGCCUGCAAACAAUACAUCUACAAAGUCCAAAAGUAAGUCCUUCUGAAGGCGCUACAACAAGGUAAUACUGAUUGGUUUAAAGACACAGGCUAGAGCGUUUUUUCAGUCGUUGCAGCCAUUUGACAUUUCUCCGGCGCCGACACAUUGCUCUGGAGGUCUGGCUCCACAAGAUUACCUGGAAGUUACAGGGUAUAAAACUACAGCAAUCCUAACAACUGCUCUCUAUGUAAGAAAUGUUUUUUUGUGGUGCAGCCAGUUUUAUAAAUCUGCACUUCAAAGUCAAAACUGAGUUAAGGCUUCAUUUAAACUUUCGAACAGCUGGUGCAAACAUCUCCUGGUGUGAAUGACUCGAGUUCCUUCAGUCGUUGUUUUAUCGGUGUACAUUUCGCGUAUUUUGUGCUGAUCCUAGUUGUGAGAUAAAGCCUCAUGAAUAUGGUCGGGAGAGCCAGGAUCACUUUCCACAGUCGAUCCUGAACUCUUUUCCAGGACGCAGCUUGAUGAAUGAGGGCCGAUUCCCCCUACUUGCAAUUGCACUUGGAGAUAAUUGUAAAUGGGCGCCUGUUAUUUAACUCUCCUUGCUCCCGUAGGCGAAUAUCAAUCACAAAAUGUGAAUAUCGACCUGCUGUAGACUGUUGGACAUUCUUGUGGUGCAAAACUAUCCAUUUUCUCAUAAGUCACUGUCAUUCUCUCCAUAACUGUACCUUUAAUCUGUAGGUGGAAAAAAAAGUGAGCAAUACACUCUUACUAGUGCCAAAUAUGUUACACACCAGCCGUGUGGAUUGUCUGUGACGUUUGAUUUCCAGUCAUUUGCUUUCUUGAGCGAAGUCCCAGCAUGGAUUUACCGUAGGUGCAUGAGUUUACAACCAGACAGUACAGUUCUUCAGUACUUACUAGAUCUCUUUUCCCCCUGUUAGUGUUUUUAUAGCUGUGGAGUUUUGGACAUUUUUUGACACUGACAUUGACAGUGUGCGGAACUGCUUGGUAUAUACAGUAGUAUGUCUUCCAGUGAAGUUUGUUCAGUUGCACAAAUUUAAGCCACCUUGUGGCUGUUUCAGGUAUUUACACGUGUGUCAGGUAUCUCUUGGUAGAGUGGUGGUAAGGCAAGAAAGAGGAAAGAACAGAAAAUGUGUUUUUCUCCAUUUGUGAAAUAGAGAAUUUUUAAUGUUCUGCAAUAACGUGAAGUCUGUGAAAUUGCUCCACCUAGUAUCAUUUUUGUCGUCCUCUGAAUGCUUCCUCUAUUGCCCAGUGACAAUCAAAGUCUGUCAAUAAAGACUUAACAUAUU